CGUUAUAUUCAAAAGUUGUUUGUUGUCAUUCGCUUGUAACUUCCAAAACAAUAUGUAUUAUCACCAUAGCAACAUAAUUGUUAUUCUUCGCUUGAUGACUCCUUACCGAUUCCGCACAUUUAAUCAAUUCGUUUUAGUUGAAUUGAAGUAACGAAAACGUUAAGAUAAGGGAUGACGACCAGAACGGGGCUCCUGGCGAGUCCCACCAAGAAAUUCAUCAGACCUGCAGCAAGAGCCCCAGUUCACUUGAAGGUUAUCACCGGUCCAGCCCCCUGCAUCCUGAAACCAUUUACUGGACUGUACAAUCCAUACUCGAAUGGAUGUUCAUUGCUGUGCAAUCAUCCGGCUGAUUUCCAUGCAAGGAAGAUGAUCCAGAAGGCGAAGGAGAAUCUUGGUAACGAAGGAAAAUUGGUUUUGCAUCCUGAAGAGGUGGCAGCAAUCAAGGCUGAAUAUGAAUUGAACUUUCAAUCUCAGGAUAUAGAUAGCGUACCAGAGGAGCUGUUCAGAAAGUACACCGAGACCGACUCGAGGCCACUGACUCCGGCCCCGACGAUGAUCAGCGUUCAUACCAGGGCUUCGGCGACGAGGAGAUGCGUUACACCGGAACCGUUCCGCACGUCCGAAGUCAGGGAGAAGACUAUGCUGGUGUUGGAUCUGAGACGCAGUCACAGUCAAGAAACGCUUUCUUGGUAUGGCAGUUCUCAGCCGGUCGAUCAUCCCCCUCUGAUGAAGAUCAUGCAAUUCGGCACCGCCAAGCUGCCGAGUCCUUCGUCGGCGAGGAACAGGAAACAGCCACCAGCACCGAAGGAAAAACCCGAAGCGACGAAAUCUCAUUUGGAACCACCCAAAGUUACGAGGAGCGAAGAUGAUGACGACGAUGAUGAUGAUGAUAAAGAAGAGGAGGAACAUACGUUGAAGAGACGUGGGAAGAGGAGGAAGCGCAGAGGAAGGAACGCAUCUCGAGUUCCAUCGAUCUUCCAGGUCCCUCUAGACCCGGAAACUUUGGUAGCAACGAUCGGUCCGGAUUCGCUGAACACCAGCGCGAGGCAUUCGUUGGUUGCGACCAAUCCGGAAACUAAUGCGGAUAUCACCAAGAUUGCUGCCUCUUUAAAAUUUGGUCCUCUGGACGUCGACUCUUAUUUGGAUUACGACGUUCUUAAGCAGCUCAGGAGGGAACUGACUCUGGAAAUCGUCGAGAACGAGUUUAAUCUGGAAAGACGAUUAGCGUUGGAGGAGGCUCUGAAGACUGUACCCAAAAUCAGAGUGGAUUGCGACGAGUUGCUGGCGCUUCAGGCCAACCUGAAAAUGCCUAAAAUCGAUGCACAAUUCUGGCUCACUCUGCCACGAAUGUUCACCAGGUCGAGCGUUCGAUUUGAACUCCCCAUGGACAGCAGGACGAUGACUGCCAUGACGCCGAUCAAGUAUGUGCAGCAUAACGUAGUUAUAACUAGCACCAGGAAGAUGCUUUACAACUUUGUUUUCAACAUAUUCAAAACAGAAGUUGUGGAGGAAGAGGACGAGGAGAAGGAGUGCGAAACGCAGACGAUGAGGAAGAUAUCCGGGUCGCAGUUGGUGGACGCGCUUGGAGCUGUGAUGGGACAGAAGCUCGGCGAAGAGCACGGCGUCUUCUUCAAAGAUUUGGUAGGUUGGGACGUGGAGGAAUGCUACGAUUUUAGGACGUUCAGCGGCAUCUGCGGCCUCGCUGAGAGAAUUCUAGCGAGAAAAUUGUAUUCGGAAUUACCGGACAGGAAAUCGGAUCCCUGCCACGAGAUCGAGCGGGUGGACUUUGAAAGUCUCGAGUUUAAAUUGAGCGGUAAAGAGGUGGACGAACGUCUGGUGAGGAUUUUGCAGAUGAUUAAGACUCUGUAAGAAUCGAGUUAAUUCUGUCGGAUGGAUUCGAAGACGACGGUGACUCGGAUUGUAUCCACGCCAUGCCUGGGGAGGAUAAAUUCGUUG